AUGCUUCGCCGUUUCUCCAUGUUGCCAUUAUCUGGUGGCAUUGCCCGCCGCUCCUUCUUCCGGACGGCACCACUGUUUAACCUCGACUAUCAGGCAUACCGAACAGCUACUGUACGCGAAGCAGCGCCUGAGUUCGCUGGAAAGGCUGUGGUGGACGGAAAGAUCAAGGACAUCAGCAUGAACGACUACAAGGGAAAAUAUAUUGUUCUCUUUUUCUACCCUCUUGACUUCACGUUUGUCUGCCCAACGGAAAUUGUUUCCUUCUCAGAUUCUCACGCUGAGUUUGAAAAACUGAACACGCAAGUCAUAGCCGUGUCCUGUGACAGUCACUUUUCACAUCUCGCGUGGGUUGAAACUCCCCGAAAAAAGGGGGGUCUGGGAGAAAUGAAGAUUCCCUUGCUAUCCGACUUCACAAAGGAGAUAUCUCGGGACUAUGGGGUGUUGGUCGAAGAACAGGGACUUUCACUGCGCGCUUUGUUCGUCAUUGAUGACAAAGGGAUUCUUCGCCAUGUGACCAUCAACGAUUUGCCCGUCGGUCGGAAUGUUGACGAGGUGCUCCGCGUCGUGCAAGCGUUCCAAUACGCCGAUAAGACUGGCGACGUUAUUCCUUGCAACUGGAAGCCAGGGAAGGAGACGAUGAAGGUGGAAGCAGCGAAGGAAUACUUUGAGAAGAAUCUAUAG